AUGUCCUCCUUGCAGCUGCAGGACGAGGAUGACUCCUCCGACGAGGAAGCCUCCGAAGAGGAGAUCACCGACGUGCCCAGCAAGCGACUGAGCCCCUCCACCACGGAACAGCGCGUGGUGUUCCUCUUAGGGGUGUUGAGCUGCUCCAUGCUGAUCGGCGACGGCGUGGUGACGCCGCCGAACUCUGUCCUUGGCGCCUUGAAUAGCCCCAUCAUGACCGUGCCCAAAAGCUGGAACGUGGUCAUCGCAGUGCUCAUUCAGAUUGGCCUGUUUGCACUGCAAAGGGCUGGCUCCCGUGUCAUCGGAUUUGAGAUGGCUCGCUACAUGGCGCAGGGCUUUAACCCGGCCAAGGUCUACGAAUGGUUUAUCGGCGGCCACUUCCAUGGCGUGCGGGCCUACCGGUCCAUCGCGGGGAUCGUCCUCUGCGUGACGGGCGCCGAAGCGCUGUAUGCAGAUAUGGGCCACUUUGGGCCACGUCCCAUCACGACUGCCUGGUUUACGCUGGUCUUUCCGUGCCUCAUUCUGCAGUACAUGGGCCAAGCCAUCGUCUUGGCCAACGACCCCAAGGGCGUCAGCGACAACCCCCUGUACCUGACCGCGCCAAAUCAUGACUUCCUCUGGCCGCUCUUCCUCCUGGCCGCGCUCGCCGCCGUGAUAGCCUCGCAGGCUCUCAUCUCAGGCAUCUUCACACUGAUGUCGCAAGCGCACGCCCUGGGGCUAGUUCCCAGGCUGCUUGUCCUGCACACAAACCCGGAUGAGAGGGGACAGGUCUACAUCCCGGAAAUCAACUGGAUGCUGAUGACCGGCUGCAUCAUGAUCACCCUCGCUUUCGAAACCUCGGACGCCCUCGUCGCGGCCUAUGGUAUCGCUGUUACUGGAGCCUUCAUCUUCACAACCCUGCUGCUCUUCUGGGUGCUCCGGCGCGCCACGCGGACUUCGCAGUGA